AUGUUCAUGGCAUUGUCGAUUUCAGUGUGGACGUUGAGUUCUAUGGCCGCUGAGGGUACUUUCAAGCUCAUAGGAAAGGCAUUGGAGGUGUUAUCUGAUCCAGAAACAAGGAAAUCUCAUGACUUUCGAAGAGGAAAGCAUCAAUCCUACGAGCCUAACACAACUGAAAAGGCUCAAUCUUCAUCUGCUAACCCACCUCGAACUUCAUUUGAUGAAGAGGAUCGAUUUUCACAAGCUACCCCAAAUCCAACUCUAUACAAUGAAUAA